AUGUUUCGAGGAAGAAAUUAUGAUGUUGUUCGAAGAGACGCUCUCAGCGAUGAGAAAGAGCAAGCGGUAAUAGAUGAUCUAGAACGGAAGGUUAAGGCGCUCACCCUCCAAUUGGCUGAAAUGCAUCAUCAACAAGAGCCCCAUCAUGGUCCUAGCCUACAGCGAUUGGAGGAAGUGACCGACACAGCAGCAGAUCGCUAUGAGGACUUCAUUGUUUGCAAUCCUAUAACCAGGGAAUACGUUUUUCUACAAAGAUACGACGGAGCACUAGAUGCAAAACGGAGUAAUCUAAAAUUUGGAUUUGGUUACCUUCACUCCACCAAUGAGUAUAAGGUUGUUAGAAUCGAUUGCAACAGGAAGACAAUCCAUGUGUAUGCUCUUGGCAGUGGCGUUGGUUGGAGAAUCAUCAAAGACGAAUUCCUUUACAUAUUUGAGGGUUUAAGUAUCUUUGCUAAUGGAGCUAUUCAUUGGUUAGAAUCCCUCAAAGUAUGGGAGAAUAAGAUUGUUGCUUUCGAUUUGACUGAUGAGAAGUUUAAAUCCGUCCCAUCACCUACUUGGGAGGAUUAUUAUGAUAUUAGAAAUCUCGCACUGUUAGGAGGAAAUCUGUAUGUUGUUUUUUACUAUACCCGUGGUUAUCAAGGCAGCUUAGAUAUAUGGGCACUCAAGAAAGCGGUGAAUGGUACAAAAGUACUCUUUCCCACAGUUGUUGCCGGACAAGAGUAUUACGACAAUAUGUGGAGUUGGAAUAAGGAGUUUAGUAUACCAUACGAAUCCACAGAGUCGUACAAGCCAUUCGCAGUUACAGAGAGCAAUGAAGUUCUUCUAUGGAUCACAAAAUAUACAUCCGAUAAGUCAGAACCCAUCUACAUCUACUGCUAUGACCCUAACAAUUCUACUCUAAACAUAUCUUCCAGUGCCUACUACCGCAAUACUUGGGGUUCAUUCCCCCAAGUAUUUCCUCAUAUGAACGCACUUGUUUCUUUGAAAGAGAUAGGAGAAUGA